UCGCCGACCUCUCCCAGCGCGAAUGAAGUCGCUCUGCUACUUUUUCCAUCAUGGUCUUCGACCUCCGUCCACAGCGGGGACUCUUCAAGCGAAGCGGGAUCUGACGAGGAAGGAGAUGGAACGGCGAGGAGGGAAGCAUCGGACCAGGGGGCGGAGGACCAGGGGGCGGAGGAUCAGGGGGGCGGAGGACCAGGACGGGGAAGACGGCGAGGCAGCCGUAACAGCGGGGUCCCCUGCGUCGGCCGAUUGGGCCCGCGACACAGGAGAGUGGCCGCUGGCGGCGCGAAGCUCUGAUGGCACUAAUUCUGUGUGAAUUCACUCUGACGCGUUCCGCCUGAGCAAACGAGUGUACUGAGCAUGCAUUCGUCAGUCCGUCGCGGUCUUCAACGCCGCUCCGCUGAGGCUGCUGCUGCUACUUGUCCUCCAACUGCACCCCCUGCUCAUUUUACGGUAUGUCCAAGCAAGGGGAGCGAGGAAACAGCAAUGGCGGAAACGCUGGUGUGCUGGCGAAUGCGACGCGUCAUGCUGCGUGCGUGGCACUGGCCCCAAAGCUCUCGACCCCAUCCCAGGGACCGUUUCGCCCACUGGGUCGGGGCCCGGAAUCGGCCUCCAGAGACCUCCAAACUUGAAACUUGAGGGGCCCACGAACCUGGUAAAGAAAUUGAGCCAGACCUCGUCAUGACAUGUCCGCUAUGCGCUGGUGUGUCAUGCUCUGGAAUGCCGUUUCGUAUACCAUGCGCUUCGGUGCUGAAAGCGGGAAAGCAGGACAAGAGAGAAGCAGAACAAACUCUAACAAACGAAAGGCUGUAACCAUUGACCCACACCGUGGCAAACACCAAACGAUGAGGCCAGGGAUCGGGCACCGCUCGCCCCUCCCC